AUGAUCUACUCAUCUGCCCAAUUUCUUGCUCGCCUCCCUUUCUGUUCGGCCAGCCGACCAGCCGGCCAGCUGUCCAUACACUCUGACCUCCAUCUAUCUAGUCUCCUCCUUCGUUGCCUACCUGUCCAUCGAUUCACUUAUUCGGCCAGUCAUUCGGCCAUGAGGUUGACUCGAAAUUUCUGUCAGCCAGCAUCCAUCUGCUUGUUCGGCUUUCAUGCCAAAAGACGCGUACGCCUUGGCGCGUAA